AUGCAAGAAAAAAUAGCUUUACAAUCAAUUCAUAAAUUAACGACUGAAGACAUGAUUCAAAUUGAUCAAUGGUUAUCUGUUUUAAAUAAAACAUUUGAAGAUUUGGAAUUUCCACCGUUAUAUCGUGUAUUUCAAGCAACUACAUAUUUUAAUGAUGAAUUACAAAUAUGGUAUGAAACGACCAAACAUGAAAUUAAUAAUGAUUGGUCCAGUUUCUGUGGCCGAUUAAAACAAUAUGUUCUUGAUCGCCAGAUGAAUCCAUCAACAGUGAAUCAUUAG